GCGCUGCCCGCUACCCGUCUCCGCCCUCGGGGAGGGGGAGCGCGGUGCCGCGGCGAGCAGCGGGUGAUGGGGAAGAGGCGAGCACAGUGCUGAGGUCCUCCGGGGCCGGAUGAGCCGAGGCUUGGCGCCGCGGCGGUGGCGGGGCUGGAGGAGGGGGCGAAGGAGGCUGUAGGGGCGGCCCCCUCUCCGGCUGCCCUGAGAGGAAGGAGCCCCCGACCAUGGAAAUCGAGAACAUCGUGGCCAACACGGUGCUGCUGAAAGCCCGGGAGGGCAAGCGGAGUGGACGUAGUAAAAAAUGGAGAGAGAUGCUGAAGUUGCCCCCUGUCAGUCACUGUGAGGGUAUUCGGUGCUCUAUCGAAAGAGACUAUAACCAGCUUUGUGACAAACAACCAAUAGGAAGACUUCUCUUCAGACAGUUCUGUGAUUCCAGACCAGAUUUGAAAAGAUGCAUUGAAUUUCUGGAUGCAGUGGCAGAAUAUGAGGUAUCUUCAGAUGAAAAGCGCAUAGACUGUGGCCUCAAAGUUUUAGAGACGUACUUCACUAAUGGGUCUGCAGCACAUUUGCCAGAAAUACCUCAGGAAACAGUAAAUGAAUGUAAAGCAAGACUGGAAAAGAACCCUUCUAAGGAUCUUUUUAUGGACUGUACUAGAAUUGUCCAUGAAUACCUAAGCAAAAGACCUUUUGAAGUUUACCAGGAGAGUGUGUACUUUUCCCGUUUCUUACAGUGGAAAUGGCUGGAAAAGCAGCCAGUAACCAAACACACAUUUAGGCAUUACCGAGUACUAGGCAAAGGUGGAUUUGGAGAGGUGUGUGCCUGUCAAGUACGGGCGACAGGAAAAAUGUAUGCUUGCAAAAAGCUAGAAAAAAAGAGAAUAAAGAAGAGGAAAGGAGAAUCAAUGGCUCUGAAUGAAAAAAGAAUUCUAGAAAAAGUGAAUAGUAGGUUUGUAGUUAGUUUAUCCUAUACAUAUGAGACGAAAGAUGCUCUGUGUUUAGUAUUAACCAUAAUGAAUGGAGGGGAUCUGAAGUUUCACAUAUAUAACAUGGGAAAUCCUGGCUUUGAUGAAGAAAGGGCUAUUUUCUAUGCUGCAGAACUGUGCUGUGGUCUGGAGGAUUUGCAAAGGGAGAGAAUUGUUUACAGAGACUUGAAGCCUGAGAAUAUACUUCUUGAUGACUGUGGACAUAUCAGGAUUUCAGAUCUUGGAUUAGCUGUGCAGAUUCCAGAAGGUGAAACUGUCCGAGGACGUGUUGGGACUGUUGGUUACAUGGCUCCAGAAGUGCUCAAAAACGAGAAGUAUACAUUCAGUCCAGAUUGGUGGGGUCUUGGCUGUUUGAUUUAUGAAAUGAUUGAAGGACAGUCUCCAUUCAGGAAGCACAAGGAAAGGGUUAAACGGGAUGAGAUUGACCGGAGAGUAAAGGAAGACCAGGAAACAUACUCAGACAAGUUUUCAGAGGAGGCAAAAUCCAUCUGCAGGAUGUUACUUGCUAAAAAUCCGGGGGAGCGACUGGGUUGCACUGAAGGAGGAGCUGCUGUUGUAAAGCAACAUCCUAUUUUCAAGAACAUCAACUUCAAGAGGCUGGAAGCUAACAUGUUAGAACCUCCAUUCUUGCCAGAUCCACGUGCCGUUUAUUGUAAAGAUGUCCUGGACAUUGAGCAGUUCUCAACAGUAAAAGGAGUGAACCUGGAUACCACAGAUGAUGACUUCUAUUCCAAAUUUGUGACGGGUUGUGUCUCAAUCCCUUGGCAAAAUGAGAUGAUUGAAACGGGAUGCUUUGAAGAUAUCAAUGCAUAUGAAACUGAUGGUACUGUGUCACCAGACAGAGAGAAGUCUCCAAAACCAAAGAGAGGCUUCUUUCACAGACUUUUUAGUGGAGAGGUCUGCUUUAAAUCUGAUUGCAGUGAUGAUGAGCAGGAGUCCUCCAGACUUUAAAUCAUUUUAUGCUCAUCAGAAAGGAUGAGCAAACGUUAAAUGUUUUAUAUCUCUGUAGCAAAUUGUAUUAUAUAUAUUUUUUAUCUGAGUUCAAGGAUUUUUGUACAUUUGUACUUCAUUUGUUUUAAGAUGUAUAUUUUCACUAAAGCUUAAUUGUACAAAAAGCAAUGACUGCCAUUUGAGUGAGUGUGUUUCUGUAUGUAUUUGAUUUAUCUUGAUUAUUUUUUUCCCAGUGGAAUGCAUCUAGAAAUACUAAAAGGAUAUUAAAGCACAGAGAUAAUAUCUAUGGCAUCACUGUAACUUGACUUUGUAUGCUCCUGGUAAAACUCUUCUUGAUCAUUAGGAUCUUUAUUAGCAGUUUCCUUAACUGUAGAAUUGCUGUACUGAUAAAUUUAAUAAUUCUGGUGUUAUCCAGCAGCAUGGCAGUGCUAUUACCUAAUGUAUCUCUCAAGCAACUGCUAAGGAAAAAAAAAGGAAAUCAGUGCACUGUGGCCAGCUAUUAGGAAUUGCUCUUUAUUAUCUGGCUCUGUAGAUUCUCUUUCUGUAUUUCUGUAUAAAGAGAACUUUGAACAUUUAGCUUAAUCCUGUAACAAACAGAAGUAUCCCAUUAUUCUCUUUUCUAUCCAUCUUACACAUCCUCUCCAGAGUUUCUGGGCAUGACCCAUGCAAGUAGACCUAUGCCAAAAUUUUAUAACUGUAUUUUGAAAACUUUGUUGUCAUUACUGAAAUGAUUUCUUUUUACCUGUGGGGACACAGUUUUAUUUUAUUUUCUGUAAAUGAAAUUGUUUUUAAGUCCAUGUAGGAUGUUAUAGUUUUAUAAUGGGUUAAAAAACAAAGCAUGGGCUCUUCUUACUAAUGUCCUCUCUGCUUAUGUUGUAAUAUGCAAUGUUCUAGGGUUGACAGCGAUCACUGCCACUGGGGGAAGGGCAAGGUAGCAUUAAGUAUUGAAUUUAAUUAUGUAAAUAUAUUUUUUCUUACAGUCUUUUAAAACAGAAACAUUAAAACAUGCCUUUAAUGAUUGCUUAAUACAGAUGUGGAGCUGGUAUUGAAGUUUGUUAUGAUUACCUGAUGUUCAUUAGUAAAACUGACAAAAGCUGCUUGAAAGCCAGGCAAGCUUCCAUUCUUCUGGACUCACAGUAGGUCAGACCUUUUAUUUUGUAAAGUUUCCAGUAAAACUAUUAAUCUGGGUAUGAGAGUCAAUUUAAAGAGCACAUUUCAUUAAGAGCUUCUUCUGUUUUCAAAAUUGAGUUGGGUACUUGAAAUACAAUGGAAUGCCCUUGGACUUGGAGACAUGAUUUUAGUUUCAUAUUUUGUUCUGUAUUCUAAAGAUUUGUCUCAACUGUGUAUGCGUUUUUUUUCCUUUCAAAUCUCGGGGGCACCAACCAGACCACACAUAUAUUGUACACACAGAGCAACUGAAUAGCCCCCCACUCAAAAAGGUCUCUCUUGUGAUCUGCAGACCCACUGGAAGAAACUUCAGCUGCUUCUGAGAAACUCACAAGAUAUAUUUGAUAUUCAAGCCUAUCAUCAGGUUUUAAAUCACUGUAUUUGGUCUCUAAAGACAAAUUUUUAAAUGGAUUAGAACUUGAAAUAAUUGGAAAACCAGUGUGUUGCAGAACCCUACUGGGGUUCAUCUGGUGUGUCUCUGAACUCAUUCCUCUUGGCUACUAUGCCACAGAAAUGAGGAAUGAGAUUAUUUUCCUGUGUUUUCAGUGCAUUUUUCCUCCAGUCUAAAACAGCACACAAGACAGCAAAAUUACUCUUUUAGAGAGUACAAAGGGAGAAAAUGGCAGAAGGAGAGAGAGUUUGAAUGAAUUACUGGAAGAUGGUCUGAUGUAAUAGUGAAGGGAUGCGAGGCUUGACAGAAGUAUCUGAAGUAAGGGUGUUGGCUAGAACCAUUAUGUGUGAGACAAUGAGCUAGCAGUCUGACCUGACCCUCUUUAUUUUGUACCACAGCAACAGAAGAACUCUAAAAAGAUGGGAAUGGAAAAAUGGGGAAGUAACAAGUGUUUUAUAAAUACCUAUGUGGUUGGAGAAGUCAUCGUUUCUCUGAUUAGGGGGUUUAAAUUUGUAAGAUCUUAGGCUUGCUGUUUUGAGGCAAAGGUGACUGUAUGACCAGACAUACAGGGUGACAGUCUGGAUUUAAUGUCUGUGUAGAGUAACUUGAAAUUUGGGCAGGAAUACCAUGGACACAAGCUGAGUAAUUUUUAUUAAGAAAAUACAGGAAUUGGUUUUAACAAAUUAAAAAAAAAAAAUCAAUCUGAAAGUCUGUUUAUCAUGUAUUUCAAGUUUUCUUUCUGUAUUGGAUGGAGAGGAAUCUUAACUAAAAAAAAAAAUCAACUUCUCUAUUUUGGAAUGUUGAGGCUUAACACAUAUUUUCCAGGAAUCUGUGAAGAAAGAGGGUUAGAUGAAAAGGGAAAUUGUUCCUAAGAAGUGGUUAUUUACAUGUCCGCUUCUUUGGACGAAGGAACUCCUUGUAAAAAAGUGAGAAUUUGUUUGUUUUUAUGAAGUUUUACUUAGUUUAAUUUCACAAGUUUUUUAUUAAGCUCAGCAUAGUACUAUUGAAUUCUUUUUGAGUGAGUACAUGUUUGCAGGAUUAUGAUCUAAAGUCCAUUGUGUUUGGUGUUUGCUUUUUUUGUUUUUUUUUUUUUAAUUAGUUGAUUGGUUCUUCCCCAGUAGGCUCAAGAUGGCAUUAUUCUACCAUAAAUUUGUCCCUUUUGUCUAGAAAUACAAGCACAUAAUAAUGACUAGAUCUUAUCUAAUGUAAAACCCCUAAAAAAUUAGAAAAAAACAAGGAACUGGAAGGAUCAGCAAUCAGCAUAACUCUCAUGGUACAUGGAGGGGAAGAUGUUAUGCUGUUGAAUAUAAGAUGACUAAUAUUGGUUAAAUGUCUUUACUGGAGUAUUAGGAGCUUGGAGAUGCAUCUUGAAAGCAGGGAAAGGCUCAGGAGAGGGGAGAACACCUGAAAGCAAGGUAUCACGGUGCGAUAAAUUUAACAUGAACUUAGCUCUUGAUUUUUUUUUUAGGACAAAACUGGGACAAAGAAGGGGGAAAGUAGCAGGUUGUGUUUACUGAUUAUGUAGCCUAUUGCUUCCAUGAAACUGUUUAGGGUGGGAUGGGGCAAGCCAACAUAACUUCUUGUAAUUCAGCAUGACUUCUUUCUCUAGACCCAUGUGUUAGAAGGCUGUAAUAGCAGUGAGACAAUCCAAUGUUCUACUGGUGCAAGCUCUGGAAAGACCUAUGGAAUUCCAUGGAGUUAUUUGUGUGAGAUCAACCCCCCUUUUCUGUGGCGUGUUUCCAAGCAUUUGUGUAUGUAAAUCCUCAUGUCUGUUUGUGUGUACCUCAUAAAUCUCUCUAUUUAGCUCAAAAUUCAGAAACGGUGAAACAAUGUACCAGUGUCUUAUUGUUUUACUUAAUGCUUUUCAAUGUUGUGACCAGCAGAAUAGAAUCUUCAUGCCUCAUGGUUGUUUUUUUCUAUUAAAAAAGCUGUCAGCUUCCCCCUGCCCCCUGAGGUGUGUUCAAAAUAGAGAUGGUGUUGUUUCUCGAUUAUAACAACAACAAAACAGUCUCAGCUGAAAAAAUGAGCACUUAAAAAUAAUAGUAAGUAGGAAAAAACCUGUGGUAUUUCUGUAACAGCAAGAGCGUUAUUGGCAAAUCUUAGCCUUUAAUAGCUGUUGUCUCUUUUUUUUUUUCCCCCAAAUCAUUCUUAAAACAGUAGUCCUGAAUGUUUUUGAGUAUGAAAGAGAAUUAUCUCUAUAUCAGAAUAAAAUAAUCUAGUUUAUAAAUCAAUGAUAGAAGCUAUUAAAACCAACUAACAAUGCAUUUUUAGAAUGCACUUCAAUUAUUUUUCAAACUACACUGAUGUAAGAAUUUUUUCAUUGCCAUAUGUACAAACAGAGAAUACUUGUUUACAAGUUAUUAAAAUAAGUCAACAAAAGUAAUAUUUUUCUAUGGUUUACAAUUUAGCAUUAUAUGAAUUUAACAUUGAAAUUAUCAUCUUCAUUUUAGUAUAGAUUUUCAGAAUAUUUUUUCUCUUUAGGAAGUGAAAUUUGAAUUAUUGGAAAGUCAUAUUUACUUUGAUUUGAGUUACUCGCCUGGCUUAUUUUGGUGACGAUGAUGUCUCUUCUGCUGAAUGAACAAUUCUUUUUUAUUUCAUAAUUGUUCUUGUGGUGUAACUUAAGUUUUGCACAUGAGAUGUAGGUAACUUUUUUUCAUGAUCCAGUUGUGUCCAAAACACCAGAAUUCUUUCCAAGCAUAGGAAGCUGACUGUUAAACGUGAUGUGUUAGUUCCAGCAUCUCCAAACCACUGACUGUUCUUGUGUGAGCUGUUUUCCUGGAUGUUCUAGCAUUGUAAUUCCUGAAAUAAAAGCAAAACACUGCCACAUAUCUCAACCACA